GAUUAAUUACACCAUUAAACCGCGCUGUUUAUGUGAGAUGGAGUUUAUUUUACUGUACUGUUUGGUUGGGUGGGACAAUAAUAAAAAACAAUAACGUGAAUUUUGGAACACGACACAGCAAGACGAUGUUGCAGUACAUCUUGCCUGUUAGUAGCACUGCGUUUCUAAAUAUUUGCGAUAGACUUUACCGACCGGCAUGAACUGAACGUGUUGAAAAAAGUGUGCAUAUUGUCUUAUUGAUUUUGUGAAUUGAAGUCAUGUUGCAAAGAUGUCAAGGUCAGCUGUACAUGCCAUGGGAUCGACUGCUCACUUCAGCGAGUGCGAGGCUAAACUUUACUGCUAGGCAAAAGCUGAUGAAGAGAUGACAGAUUUAUAAUUUGGUAAGAUCCGAAGAAGGAGGACAUCACAGAAUUUGUAAGAACCACCUUUCCUAAGAAUAGGACAGUCUUUACUGAUCGCGAAUGAGAUGGAGGAAGGAGAGCAGAUGGACAUGCUCGGAGAACAGCUUUACAGCAUCAUUUAUCCUAAGUACUCAGACAUUGCUGGAAAACUGACAGGAAUGCUGUUGGAACUCCCUGGGUCAGUAAUAGAAGAGAUGAUAAAGGAUAAAAGAAUGCUGUCUGAUGGUAUUGAGAAAGCACUUUGUGCUCUUCAGUUAUCAUCAGCCAGUAAUAGUAAUUCCGAGUCCACAGACUCGCUAGGGGAACGUCUGUACAAUCUUGUUGAUCUCUACAACACUGGUCACAGUGAGAAGAUAACAGGAAUGCUGUUGGAGCAGAAAAAGGAAGAAGUGAAGAAGCUAUUUCUGGAUUCAAAACUGUUGGAAGAAAAUAUUAAUGUUGCAUUAAAAACACUUGAACAACAAAACCGGAUUAAGAUGGAAACCCUUGUUUCAUCUGAGUUUGAUGAGAAGGAAAAGCUGGGAGAGAGUCUGUUUGCAAUGAUAGAGGAAAUUGAUGCAGAGAACUGUGCAGACAUUACGGGUAUGCUGUUAGAAAUGGACGUGUGUACCCUGCAGAAGCUGCAGUGUGACAGGGGGGCUCUUGAGUCUGCAGUACACAGAGCUCAGGUAGCCCUGCUUCCUUCUCCAGCGCUGGACACCACUGUGGAGAGUGACUUGGACAGUGAGACAGAGAAAUUGGGUGAAGAACUAUACUCUUAUAUCAUUUCUACUGAUUUUAGAAAGUAUGCAGACAGGAUUACAGGUAUGUUGCUGGAAUUGCCCAAAAAACUUGUGAUUGACCUUUUAAACUCACCGGAUAGACUAAACAUGAAACUGGAGGAGGCUGCUUCAGUUCUUGAAGAUAUUUAAUUUCUGUGAUUUAAAUCAGACAAUAAGGGCGAUUAACAAACACACCAUAUGACAAACUGUUCGGGAGGGAUGCUUGUCGCCUACAAAAUGGCUCAUACAAUCAUUACUGUACAUCUGGGCGGACUUAGACAUGGAAGCACAUGGCAGCCAAGCACCUACUAUCAUCCCUAUGUCAGUCUGUCAGAAGUGCUGUGGUACAGUACAUACCUCUAAUCCCUGUAUGCACUCUGAAUUGGUGUGAGUCCAAUCUGAAACAGUUGGUCAGUAUUGGGGAGGGGGUCAUUUUAGUGUUCAUAAUAGACAAAUACCCAAAUUCUCUUUGUUAGUGCAGAAAGACAGCACGCACAGAGAACAGCCCCUAAGGCUGUAGCUACUGUACCGUGAAUACUCUAAUUACACCGGACUAUCUCACAAUUAGAAAGUGGUUGAACCUAUGCAAAACCUUCUAAAUACAGUAAAAUUAUGUUCUGUAGAAUAACGUAAUUUUAUUUUUUUGUUUUAUUAACUGCUGCUUAUAGGAAGUUUUGCAUUUUGUAUAUAGAAAUAACAUGCAUAUUUGAUUGUCACAUCUGCACAAGUGGCAGGUUUAUGAAUACUUUAUUAGAUUAUUGUAAUAUUGUGGUUAUGGCACUUUAACUGUAAACUUUUGUUAGUCAUUAAUAUUGUAUGUAUAUUUGCGACAGCACAGAAAUUGAAAUAAAAAAUUACGCAGUG